UUAAAAACCUUUGGUGAUAAACACAAGCACUAGCAACAUCACCACUUAAAUACCACUAUUAUCAAUCAAGUCUCAUAAAUAGAGAGGUUGUUGACCCUUUCAAUCAAUAUAAUCAAUUUCUUCUUCAAAGUUCAUCACAUAAAAUAUCCUUCAAAUUAAUCAUUAGUGAGAGAAGAUCAAUUAGGAUGAAGAAGAGUUCUAAGGUGGCAGAUGAGAACAUGUAUGAAGGAGGAGAAAGGGGGGUUGAAGUAGCAAUAUUUGGAGGUGAAAGAGCAAGAAGACAACAUGGGUGGAGUGUUAUUUUUGCUAUUCUUCAAGCUCCAAUUUCUAUACUAUCAUGUGUUUCUAAUCCUCGUGUUAAUGGUUCUGAUGGCGUUUGGACUUCUGGUGAAUUUGCACAAAUUUCUGAGAUCAAUCAUAUUAUGGUAAAUGAUAGUAUGCGAUAUGCAAUUUUGAUGUAGAAAAAUGUAAACAUUUAUUAAUGUUGUUCCUCUAGAGUAUCUUCUCUUAUUUUAAUUAAUUUUUGUUAUAUUAUAUCAUAUUUUAUUAUAUAUGUUUAUACCUUUUA